AUGAGUUCCCAAAAUAGCUUUGUCAAUGCUUCCCCAAGCUUCAACUCUGUCAGCGCAAGCACAACGUCAACCUCUACGGUCCGAUCACGCCCUCGCCGCUUAGUCUCAUUCAUGGACGACAAAGAUGACAGCAAUAAUAAUACGAACUCCUACCAGAAUGAAUCCCAACCAUUCUCCUCUGCAUUGUCAACGACUCUUGCACCCUCCGAAGGUGGCACGACCCGGUCUCGUGGAGCAACCCCCUCGCCAUUGUCAUCCCGGGGGGCCUCCCCACUGCCAAUGAAACACCCGUCGCGCGCGACCGAAUCGAUCAAUCGUGGCACUCGCAACGAGACAAGUUCAUUUGCUUGGAAUGGAUCAUCAAAGGCCUCCUCAUCGCGCGGUGCCGCCGACUUUCUGGACUCAUCAUGGUCAUCCCUCCAGAGUCUGGCAUCUUCGGUGCUUGGGAACGAUACUGGACGAGCCACCCCAAAUAAUACGACAAAAGCUCACACGAGGAAGUCAUCUCGCCCAGACGUAUAUAUCAAGAGUACCCCUCGGUCGGCGCUUUCAACGUGGGGGCCAUCGGCACCGACCUCUCCGCAGGUCGGAACCGGGACGAAGGAGGAACGGCAGGCUUUGGUGCAAGCUAAAAAGAGAGAAGCGCUGCUUCUAGCUGACAGCGACCCGAUCACGAGCCGCACAUUUCCUCACAAACGACGCGACUCUGGCGAUACAUCACAUCGAGCCCCGGAUCCCGAACACGACGAAGAUGCCCUGGCCUACAUUCACAAAGUGCAAGCGACAGAUACUAUCACUGGUGUCACAAUUAAAUACGGCUGCCAGGCUGCGGUUUUUCGAAAGGCAAAUGGCUUCUGGCCUAACGAUAACAUUCAGAGCAGAAACAUUGUCCUUCUCCCGGUCGAUGCAUGCUCUGUCAAAGGCCGGCCUGCCCCAACAAAGCCCGUGGAUCUUUUGGGUCCUGACCCUGAAGACCCCAAAGACAGCUCUAUAGUCCCCGCGGAUACCUCUACCGAUAAUUCCUCCGCAGAAGAGACGCCUGUGGCUACCCCUGAAACGGAUGACAAUCAAAUUUGGAAACAUGAGAAAUGGGUGCACAUGGAUGGGUUUCCGGACCAAGUACAAAUUGGUCGCGUCCCUCGGAGGGCAUUGGGAUUCUUUCCCCGCACUCGUCGGAAAUCAGUAUCUUACACAGACGCUGAACCAUUUGGUUCUUACCGCGAAACCAUCACACCUCCUUCUCCAAUAGGCUCACCGCCACCACCUUUAUCAUCGGGAGUACUCCCACGCACUCGGCCUAAUGGCGAUCAAGCUAAACCCACGGCCACGCGUCCUACUCGUCCCGGACACCGCCGUCAACGCAGUAGUCUGCAUUUGUCUGGUACUGGAGUAGGGACCCUUGAUCCUACCUCGACUGGACCAGGGCCCGCAUUGGAUGGGUUCACCAAGUUCUUCGCACAACAUAUGCCAAACUUAGCACCACUACCGCCCUCGGAAAAUGCUCGGAAAGCUUCUUUCGAGUCUGCGUCAACCGCCACGUCCUAUGCAUCGACUGGUCUCGAGAACAUUGGUGGUGCGUUCGAGGGUUGGAUUCGCAACGUAGCAACGCGAGCCAAGGCCGGAAUCAAUGAACUGCAGCAAGGAACCCCCAACCAGCAGGGUCCCAGCCGGGGUCGCAAUAAGUGGCGGAUGGACGAUCUAAUCGAGUUGGACGAUGGGAUGAUAGACGGCCGAAACUCCCCCAGCCCUUUCAAGGGCACAUCACGGAGGUCUGAACUGCAGGGCACAUCCUCUGUAGCCGCAGCGAGCAGGUCUCGUGCGACUGGAUUCGCGGCAGGAUCGGGUUCCGCACAUGAGCGGGCGAAGGACGAUUAA